CAACCCCCACCGGAUGAGAGUGUGUAGUUGCACGGGGUUAGCCAGCGAGGCGAGCUCCAGAGCCCAAACCCUCCUUCGGCUCAGCACCCUGCACCGAGACUAACUGAAAGCAAACCGAGAUCCCCCACGAAAGAGCCUCAGCUCCUUCCAGAGAAUGGGGCGAGUCUCCUCCAGGUCCCACGCAAACCCCGAGCGAUCCUCGGGACAAUGCGGUGCCAUGCUUCCCCCUCCCCCGUACCUUACAGGGCCGCUGUGCCGGCAGCCUCUCGGGGCAGGGAGCGGACCCUCUUCUCCCCCUGCCCCGCUCCUUCGGCACCAGACGCUCGGCGGUGGAAAGGGGCCAACGGGAGGUGCUUCCAGUCCGGCCGGCCCGGCCGCCCCACCUGGCCCGCGGCCGGGAGGUGGGGAGCCCAGCCAGGCACAACCCCCGGCUCCGCUCCGCACCCGGGAAAUUCCCCGACAGCUCCCGGCGGGAGAUAAAAGCACCGGCGGAGAACGGGGCGGCAGAGACGGCUCCCGCAGCACCUCGGCCGCCAGCACCAGCCAUGAGCCCGCACCUCCUCCUCGUCCUCCUCCUGGCCGCCGCUCUCUGCCGGGAGCCACGACGAAGCAGGGACAGACGGUGUGCCUGAGCCCCUCCGCACCCUGGGUCAAGCUCAUCGUCACCAGGAUCCUCAACAGCUCCCGGCGGGAGAUAAAAGCACCGGCGGAGAACGGGGCCGCAGAGACGGCUCCCGCAGCACCUCGGCCGCCAGCACCAGCCAUGAGCCCGCACCUCCUCCUCGUCCUCCUCCUAGCCGCCGCUCUCUGCCGGGGCGCGCCGCUGGCCGGGGAGCUGCGCUGCCGCUGCGUGCGGACCGUGUCCGAGGUGAUCCCGCCGCGGCGCCUGGCCCGCGUGGAGUUCGUCGCCGAGGGCCCGCACUGCGCCGAGCCCGAGGUCAUAGCCACGACGAAGCAGGGACAGACGGUGUGCCUGAGCCCCUCCGCACCCUGGGUCAAGCUCAUCGUCACCAGGAUCCUCAACAGGUGGGUGCCUGCCGGGGGCCCGGGCGGCUCUCCCUUUCCGUGGGGGGACGGGGACGUGCACUGUGCAACAGCCGAGGCUAACGUGAGCCCUUUUGGAGGCCAGGCUUAGCUUUUGGCUGGGUGUCGGGGGAGUAACAAGCCACAUUCUGCCGUUCAUUUCUAUGGGGAAAUGUGUUCAGUUGUGCCACAAAGUUGCCCAAGAAGUGGCUGCUUUGCUGGGCAGAGCAAACCCUGCGGGUCAGGUAGAGUAUCCACAGCAAAUGGCUGAUGAAACGCAAAUCUAGCCGCAGUACCGGGCCAGUGUGGUCCACUGUCACCAUCAGGCACCUUUUCCAGAACACACAUCUCCUAUCUGGGGCGUGCAAAAAGACUUAAGGAAAGAUUUCCUGACUGGCGGUAUAAUCUGAAUUCUGCCUGUUGCAGUUCACAUAACCAGCUCUGAGGGAAGAAACAUCUCCAAAUGAAGCCACCUGUAUCUGCAGAAGAUGCUGGGAAAUGGAUGUUGGAAGAAGAUAAUAGCCCGACUCUCUAGUUUUGAUGAGUUCGUAGACCAGCUGUUCUACGUUCAAUCUCUCUGAGACUCUCCCCUCCCCUUAUAUUUAUUAUUGCCUAUGCCUACGUAUGUAUUCAUUGACUGAGCUAAAGUGACUGAAUCCAUUUGAUAAGACAGCUUAGGCUUUGCUAGGCACCUCUCAGCAACCUUGCUGCAGUUCUCACAGUUUGAGUAGCCCCACCUUUGUGCAAGCUCCUUCUCUCCAAAUAUAAUUUGCCAACAAGUUCUUAUAAAUAGCAUUAAUAUCCGAAAAGAAGACGGGUCCAUUGUAGAGACCGUUGUGCAAAUGUCUGCAGAUAGUCCGAUACAGAGAGGUUUCAAUGGGUAGAGCUGAUGAUAGUGGGUAAUCCUUCCAUGAGGAAUAACAAGAUGGCUCAUUCUGAGCGCUGUCUGGCACUUGGCAUUUUAGUGCCCAUUCAGAAUUACAUGGCAAUAAAAACUGGUUGAAGCAAGCGCAGUGCUGUGCUGCCAUGCUCAAUCUGCUGCCUCAGGUGCCUAAAUGAGCCUUGGGCUCGAUGUUUUGCUCAAUCUGUUUUCCCCACUAUAACUUACUAGCAUUUACUGUAGAAUGCCUAGGAUCUGCACAGUGAAAUUACAGAAAACUUGCUCCUGAAAUCUCACUCUAUUCAAUAUUUAUGACAGUUCAGAAUUUCCAUGAAAUUGUGGGGUUUCAUGCCGAGAUUGUUUUGGUUUCUAGCAAGAUAAUGUUGGGGUUGGUUUGUUUGUUUUUAAAUUAGUUUACAUUUAAUUAUUUGGUAUUUAUGCACAAGAUGUAAAGGAACAGUAAAUGUUCUGAAGAGGCUUAGAUAUUUCAUGUC